AUGGGCCAAUACUGGGAAAUGCACUGUGAACCUCGACAAGCAAGAGACUCAUUCGAACGAAGAUUAGGGAAGCUUGGCGCCUUUUUCUUCAGCGACUUUAGCAGCCUUAUACAGGCACUUGUUGUUCCUUUCCCCAAACCUUCACCCUAUUGUCGUAUGCAAAAGCCUGGCCCCUUCAUUAGGACAGAAGCGCUAGGCCAUAUGAAUUUGCCUGCCGAACUUCUCUACAUUAUCUAUUCGUACAUCGAUAACUUGCGCGACGCUAUUUCCCUGACAAUCACUAACGAGCAUCUCGCUUCGGUCGGACACAGUAGGGUCUACGAGCUGAUAUGUGCAUUGCACUCAAGCUGGGCGGGCGACCGAAUUGUCUGCUUAGGCGACUACAUGACCGACGAUGACCUCCCUUCGGGCAUGAUCUCACAGGACGAACUCAAAUCGCUCUAUGCCGCUGCCAAUCCAAAGUAUGAUGAUCGCUCCCUCUAUGACGUCGCUGUCAACAAUUUCGCUCCCGUCAGUCUGGACGGACAGCGGUGGCUACAUUACUUUCACUAUAACCCCUCCACAAGAUCUUACUUACGCGACCACUCGCGGCAUCGGGACUAUCUCUUUCGCACGUCCUCGAACUAUGCUUCGUCCAGUCCAGAAGAAGACAAGUGGUCUUUGUGCAACCUCACGAAGCACGAAUAUGUGCGCGCUGACAUAAUUGCCAUGAACUUGGGAGUCGCCACGCGCGGUCCCUUCAUCGAAGGACGUCUCAUCCGCCUCGAACAGAUACUCUUUUCGCUCAUCUGUUGGUCGUGUGACGAGGGCGUCAAUAUGAAAUACGAAGCGGACUUGCAUCGAGGCGCGUGGGCAGGGGACCGCAUCGCAAUCAAUACGUUGAGCCGGCUGAGUCCACCGCUUGAUUCGGGCGUGUGGAAGGACAUAACCAUACCGGUGUUCAAACGGUUGGUGGACAUCUACGAUUUGGACUGCACCGACGAGGAAUGGUACACAUUUCGCAGCAUUGAGAACCAGGACCAAAGUGAAGAUGAGGAGCGGCCAGAAGGCGAAGAAACGAAAAUACGCACGAGAGCGAUGACAGCGAAAGUGAGUAUUUGGAAGAAGAGCAUGAAGACCAAGGGAGGGAAGCUAGCAGAGAUUACGGCGAAGACAACGAAGUCGACGAUGGCGACAAUAAAGACAGUGAAGCCAACAACGAAACCGACGAAGACAAUGAAGGCAGCGAUGAUACUUCAUAACGAAGACAAAGUGGAGAAGACGGCGAUAAUCUCAAGGCCUGCUCUGAAGAGGAGAGCCACGAAGCCACCAAACAUCAGGAAGCACAGGCCUGAUGCCUGA